CAUCCAAAAAGGCAGGGAUAGUAUAUCAUCCCUUCCUCUGUGUGUGUGUGUGUGUGUGUGUGUGUGUGUGUUUAUCCAUAUCGUGCGAACGACAACACUGUCUUCAGCCUGCACUCCCGUGUGCUUACUUGUCAGUUUCAGCCAGAACGUCACCUGUUGAAGUUAGUUUAUAGGAAUGGCCUGGAAAUCUGCAGGGAAUGAAGAAAAAAGUGUUUGAAGCUGGUUGGGCUGAAGGCCAGGAGAAGAAUUCUGAAAAAUAAAUGCAGGGCAAUGGUGAGCAAGAACCUUACUUUCCUGAUUAGUUAGAGCUGGAGAGGGAAAAUAACUACGUAACUUUAAGAGUCAAAAAGUCUGAAGAAGAGAGAAUUAAGAGAGUGAAAGGCGGGGGAGUCUGAGAGCUGCUGGAAUGGGAUAAAUUGCAGACACAGUAGUGACACGUGAAGGUUCUGCUUGCGUACUUUCGUACUUCCAGGUUCUGUACAGGCAUCUGACUAACUUCAGUGAGCUGGGUUAGAUGGAGAGAAGCGGCUUGCCUAGGAGGACAAACCCAGUACAAAUUAGAGCUGGCAUCGGCAGCGGAUCCAUGCCGGCACCGUGAUGGAAGGCCGAAAGGACUUUCCGCCUCUUAAUUUGCGGACUGAAUAUCUUCCAAUUGAGGAAUCCGGCAAAAAUGACAGAAGCAGCAGCAACAGCAGCUCCCGGGCCCACGAGGAGCACCAAGAAGCUGUGCAGCUGCGGAAAGAAAUCUCUCUUCUUAACGGGGUCAGUCUCAUAGUGGGAAACAUGAUUGGUUCCGGUAUCUUCAUUUCCCCCAAAGGAGUACUUCACUACAGCUCUUCGUACGGACUGUCACUUGUCAUCUGGGCAAUUGGAGGGGUCUUUUCGGUCAUCGGAGCCCUCUGCUACGCUGAGCUGGGGACCACGAUCACCAGGUCGGGAGCCAGUUACGCCUAUAUCCUGGAGGCCUUCGGAGGCUUCAUUGCCUUCAUUCGCCUGUGGACCUCCCUGCUAAUAAUCGAGCCGACCAGCCAGGCAAUUAUCGCAAUAACUUUUGCCAACUACAUCGUCCAGCCCAUCUUCCCUUCCUGCCAGCCUCCGUAUGUGGCCUGCCGUCUCCUUGCAGCUGCUUGCAUCUGUCUUCUAACGCUUAUAAAUUGUGCCUAUGUUAAGUGGGGCACAAGAGUGCAGGAUGCAUUCACCUAUGCCAAAGUCAUUGCCCUUAUUGCCAUCAUCGUAACAGGAAUUGUUAAACUAUGCCAGGGACACUCGCUUCACUUUCAGGACUCCUUCGAGGGAUCCUCUUGGAACCUUGGGGGCAUUUCUCUUGCACUUUACUCUGCCUUGUUCUCCUACUCGGGUUGGGACACCCUCAAUUUUGUAACCGAAGAAAUAAAAAAUCCAGAGAGGAACCUUCCUCUGGCCAUUGCCAUCUCCAUGCCAGUUGUGACCAUCAUCUACAUCUUGACCAACGUCGCUUACUACACUGUGCUGGAUAUGAACGCCAUACUUUCCAGCGACGCGGUGGCCGUGACAUUCGCUGAUCAGGUGUUUGGCAUUUUCAGCUGGACAAUUCCAAUUGCUGUUGCUCUGUCUUGUUUCGGUGGACUUAAUGCAUCUAUUUUAGCAUCUUCAAGGCUGUUCUUUGCAGGAUCCCGCAAGGGACAUUUGCCUGACCUCUUGUCAAUGAUCCAUAUAGAAAGGUUUACGCCAGUCCCGGCUCUCCUCUUCAAUUGUACAAUGUCUCUUGUGUACUUGACUGUGGAAGAUGUCUUCCAGCUCAUUAACUACUUCAGCUUCAGCUAUUGGUUUUUUGUGGGCCUCUCAGUUGCUGGACAACUCUUCCUCCGCUGGAAGCAACCGGAUCGGCACCGGCCGCUCAAGCUGAGCCUGUUUUUCCCAAUCGUCUUCUGUGCGUGCUCCAUUUUCCUGGUGAUUGUGCCGCUGUAUAGCAACACCAUUAAUUCCCUGAUUGGAAUUGGCAUUGCGCUUUCUGGGAUCCCCGUCUACCUCCUGGGAAUCUCCUUGCCUGUUUCCAAAAGGCCACCUUUAGUCAGCAAGGUUUUAGGUGCUGUUACACGAGUCACUCAACUGCUCUGUUACUGUGUUCUGACAGAAAUGGAUACCUUUGAAGAAAAACCAGAAGUCAAAUCUAAAUAAGUGGCUAGCAAAGGAAAUUGCCUAUCAAGAGGCGGUGAUCCAACAGAAAGCACUAGGAAUUCUUCCUCCACCAGGAUCCUUGCCAUGUUGUGUGUGUAUUUUAAGGCCAGUCUUCUCAGGCACCUGCUCAUCAGGACCCUCGUUUAAAGAUGACAAAACAUUCCUUAGCAAUGAAACCGAUGUCUUAACUGAAGAGCUCAGAAAUACGUUAGCAUCGGAGGACUCGGUAGCGUGGAAACAG